GUGUCCAGACCGGAGGGGGCGUGGCCAUCACGGGACCUCACCGGGGCAUGGCCGGGGGGCUUCGGGUCCCUCCCUCUGUGUCCCCUGUUCCCGCUCUCCCCGGCUCCUCCUGUGUCCCGCCGUCCUGCCCGGGCUGUCCCGGUGUGACCUGUGUCCCCACGUGUCUGUGUCCCCCAUUGCCCCCCGGGAAUCUGCUCCCCCCGCGCUCCCCGCGCGCCCGUGUCCCCGUUGUGUCCCCCGUGUCCCCGUUGUGUCCCCCGUACGCCCCCGCGUGCCUGUGUUCCCCACCUCGCCCGCGUGCCCGUGACCCCCAAGUCUCCCCGGUGUCCCCUGUGCCCCUCGGCUCGCGCGGCACGGUUCGGUCCCCUCCCCGCGGGCUGCUUUGGGGUGUCGCCGCUGUCCGGUGGGGCUGCCGGCGUGUUCCCCCUCCCCGGCCGUGCCCGGGUGUCCGGCCCGGCCCCACGCGUGCCCCGCGGGUGGGCGGUGAGUGAAGGCGGCACCUGCCCCCGCCGGGUAAAAAUAGCGCCGGGCGGGGGGGCUGGGGCGCAGCAGGGGCGGCGGAGCGGCAGCAGCCGGAGGCAGUGACCGCAGCAACAUGGAGGCUCUGGGAGACGCUGAAACCCCCACCUCGGGCACCCCCACCUCGGACACCCCCACCUCGGACACCCCCACCUCGGACACCCCCAAUUCGGAAACCCCUACCGCGAGCACCCUCACCUCGGACACCCCCACCACGAGCACCCCCACCCCCGGCACCCCCACCUCGGGCACCCCGACCCCCGGCACCCCGACCCGGAGUAGCCCCACCCCGGACACCCCCUCUGAGCCCGCCGCGGGGCCGGGGGAUGGCAGCGGGGAGGCGACGGCUGCCCGGGGUGGGGAGGAAGCUCGGGAAGCGGGGGGCGACGGGAAGAACACGGGGGGUGAAGGGGAGGAUUCGGGGGGCUCAGGGGGGUGCGCGGGGGGAGAGGCUGCCGGGGAUGGCGGGGCAGAAGCACCCGGGGGUGCCGGGGGCGAUGCCGGGGAGGCCGGGGAUGGUGCUGGCGAUGCCGAGGCAGGGACAGCCGGGGGCACCGGCGGGGGUACCGAGGAGGGUACCGAGGGAAAAGCGGCGCCGGCAGCAGCGGGCAACUCCCAGCGCCGACAGGAACCCACUUGGCUUCAGGACGAGGACGACGAGCUGUGGCCUGAGUUCCCUCCCUGCUCGUCCCCAGAGGGGGCCACCAGCCCCACAUCCCCCAUGUCCCCCACGUCCCCUACAUCUCCCACGUGCCCCAUGUCCCCUACAUCUCCCAUGUCCCCUACGUCCCCUAUGUCCCCAGCAUCUCCAGUGUCCCCCACAGCUGGCACUGCCGAGGACACGGGGGGCAGCAAGAGGGGGGCUCCAGCAGGGGGGACACGGGACAAGGCAGCCCCCGGUGCGGCGGGACAGAGGCUGAGGCUGGAGGGGGCCGGGGGACGGCCUCGAGUGGGGACCCGGGCCCAGGGGCGCAGCGCCAUCCUGGAGAAAUUCGGAGGGGCUGCCAAGGGCCCAGCCCCACACCUGCGGCGCUCAGGGGGGGCCGCCACGGUCAAGACGAUGCUGCUGGAGUGGUGCCGCGCCCGCACCCGCGGGUACCCGCACGUGGACGUGCAGAACUUCUCGGGGAGCUGGGGCAGCGGCCUGGCCUUCUGCGCCCUCCUGCACAGCUUCUUCCCCGACGCCUUCGACUUCGCCGCCCUGGAGCCCAACGCCCGCCGGGAAAACUUCGCCCUGGCCUUCGCCACCGCCGAGGAGCGGGCGGGCUGUGCCCCGCUGCUGGAGGUGGAGGACAUGGUGCGGCUGCCGGUGCCCGACGCCAAGUGCGUGUACACGUACGUGCAGGAGCUGUACCGCUGCCUGGUGGCCAAGGGGCUCGUCAAGACCAAGAAGCGCUGAGAGGGAGGGUCCCCCACAGCCCCCCAGCUGUGCCAUCCCCCUCCUCGUCCCCUGCUCUGUCCCCCAGCAGUAAAGGCCGUGGUUCCCGGCGGUGGUGGCCUCGUCUCUGGAGG